UAUAUUUUCCGAGCACACCCUGAACGCAUCAGCAAAGGCAUUAUCCAGCGGUGGUGCCGGGGUUCAUCAGAAAGUCGCUCCUCUAGAAAAAAAUUUACAAGAACCAAGCAACAAUGAAUGUGGAACAUGAAGUCAAAUUGCUGGUGGAGGAGAUUCAGCGACUUGGCAGUAAAAACGCCGAUGGUAAGACCAGCGUGAAGUUCGGAGUGAUGUUCAACGACGACAAAUGUGCCAAUAUCUUCGAGGCGCUGGUGGGCACCCUGAGAGCCGCCAAGAGGAAGAAGCUGAUCCACUUCGAUGGCGAGCUGCUCCUGCAGGGGGUCCAUGACAACGUGGACAUUGUCCUCCUGGUGCAAGAAUGAGACCGAAUGUCUCGGACCGGAUGGGUUUUUUUGUAUUGCAACUGUGGGUCUCUCACUGAAUCCUUCCAAAUUCCGGAGCUUCUGUAUCGUACCGGCUUGUCGCUGAGCUUCUGUUUCCAGUCAUCAACUCCAUCGUCGUAAGGCUCAGUAUUUGAACUCCAAAUGCAUUGAUCAGAACAGAUCAGACCUCACAGUGUAUAUCAAAGACCCAGCCGGCAUCUCGGCGUAAGGUCUCCAUUUGAUUUCAUUGUGCCAAAAUUUGAGAUAUUUCAUAGUUUCAGAUGACAAAGGAAAAAGUAGCAUUUCUCUAAUUUUCUCAGGCGCUGCUGUUUUAUCAACCACGGGUCUGUAAUGUCAUUUUGACACACUUUUAGGUCUGUAAAUGCACAAAACGGUAAGGUAAUGUUUGGGAUUAAAUACAGUAUAUAUUAAUUAUCACAACCAAAAGCCUCUUUUUUUUUUUUUUAGAUGUGAUCAGUAUCGUGAUAACAGACAUGCAGGCCAAGAUACUGGUCAGAUUUUUUGCAACUUCAUCAUAUUUUCGUCCUCGUAGUAUUAAUUUGAGCGCUCUGAUUUAUUUCUACCAAUUGUUUAUCAGAGAUACUUGCUUUUUUUUUAAAGCUGCACUAGCAACUUCUCCCUUUUUUAACAGUCUCAAGUGGCAGUGGGAGUUCAGUAAGACUUCGUUGCUCAAAAAUAACGCUGUUUUUUACAUAUUAAUCUAGUGCGGUUUUAAAACAGUAUACAAGUGUGUGUGUCCACCAACAGUGUCACCGAAUGGCCGUUUCAUUUAUUGUUUACACGAGCCAUUUAUACUACCUCUUGUGGACUUUAAAAAACAAAGAUGUGAAUAGACCAGAUCUGUUGGAAAUGUAAUAACAAUUUCUAAACUACAAAGACAAGUGCAAGGGCUUUUUACAGAAAGAUGUUUGCACCUUUUUUGUACCAGCUGCAAUGUCCAAGGGUAGUUUUGAUUCCAUCUUUUUUAUAUGUGGUCAAUAAUGAAAUGUCUCUGCUCAACAAGCUCCGGAAAACUUGCAUUACAUGAGAAAUAGUCCACGAACAAAUGGCGCAUGUGUUUCUUGUGCAAUUUUUUAAUUAUUUUUUAAUUAUUUUUUGGUGUGUCAUUACAGGGUGAUUGGUGCCAAAUGCAAAAGAUUCAUUUGUAAUCAUUCUCAGGACCAAAUCAACAUAACCAAAAUAUGUUCAAUGACUGUGCUUCAAUUUGGUCUGCUUGUAACGCAAAUGUGGAUUUAUAGUUUUGUUUUUGUUUUUUUCCAGGCUUGACCACUUUGCUCUGUUUCCCGCUAUCAUCUAAAAAAAGAAAACUCAUCUGUUAACAAAGAUCACAAUCAUUAUCACUGCUUAGUGUGGAGGCCCAAAAUGGUGGGGGGAGUAAAACAAUAAAUUGUGAAAUAAUUAAAUGUGUUUUUAAAACUCACAUAAGAAAUUUUUAUUCUGCUCCUUUUCAUAUAAAAUUUCAUAUCAUUCCAGCAGUUUUUAUCUCAAAAUGUACCUUUUUUUUCAGUGAUGGUCACUCAAAAAAAAACGUCACAAUGUGAGUUUUAAAAAUCCUUCUAAUUAUUUUACAAUUUUUGCUGAAUACAUUCAUAUGUGACCUUAUGUACUUUAUCUAAUUUAGACCAUUUUGGGCUUCCAUAGAUUAUUCUAAUUGUAUCAUACAUGUACGACCGGCAAUCAAACUGUUAUUCGUUUGAAUGUAACAUCUGCUUGCCACUGCUGUUCCGUCAACCAAACUAAAUCUGUUUGGUUCAGAUUUUGUUCGAUUGAUCCGGUUUGACUUGAAAUCAAGAGAUUGAGCUUAGUCAUUUUUUAAUUAUGAAUGAUACUGAAAUGUAGCCCGGACAAAAGGAAAAUCUGUCACGUGAAAUGUGAGAAAAGUAUAGAAGCCAGUAAAAUUUGUAGUAAUUAUUGGAGAAAAGUCGAGAGAGAGAGGAACAUGCUGCUUGCAUCGCUGUCAUUUUUUCAGAUUUUAACAUGAUCGUGCUGUCGCUGCUCUCACUGUGAGUUUCAGAAUUACGAGCUGGUAUUUGGGAAGAGGAGAAAGUUUAUCAUCAGAGCAGCAGCCAAUAAGUCGAGCCAUUUCUGUAAACUCGGUUUCGGGUGCGUCAUUACUGUCUUUUGUAUCGGCAAUAACACAUUACUGAAAAAAGAACAGAGGUGUCUGUUACUGUGGAAUACAUGAGAAUAAAAAUCUUUACACUUGAA